UCAGACAGAGGCAAUGACUGCGAGCCUUUCGGACGUACGGCGCAGGGGGCCACCAUGACCCCUGCUGUGACCCCAUCAAAGACACUCCAACCUCCCACCAGGCUGCUCGUUAUUGGUCGGUUUGCAGCAUCUACAGCUUUCAUGCAUUGGUAAUGUGACUUGGUGACGUCUGGUCAGUGUUGGAACAUAUUUAUGUGCCAGAUGGUGAAUGUGAGGGAAUCUGUUUUUCUGGCUCCUGCCCCUCGGCCCUCCAUCAGGAGUUCGGCUCGAUUCCCAAACAUCAAACCGAGGACAGGCUUCUCCCUCUCCUGGCACCUCUGAAUGUGCUCAGAGUGUUCUUCCCCUCCCACCCUCCAUCAAACUGAUGAUUGACAGCUGCUCCUCCUGAUCAACAGGAUGCCUGUGGUGCCAGUGGGCGGGUCAUCCUCCUCCCAACAUGUUGUACCCGUUGCCCUCACCUGCUCCUGGCUGGUUCUGCUCUUCCACGCCGCCUUCGGUCAGAAACCCGCCAAGCUGCCUCUGAUUGGCCGGAAGCCAUUUAUCGCCGCCUGGAACGCCCCAUUGGACAUGUGCACCAUCAAGUAUAACAUCACCACCAACCUUGACCGCCUCUUCCACAUCCAUGGGAGCCCGCGUGCUGAUUGGACGGGCCAGAACGUCACCAUUUUCUAUGCAAACCGGCUGGGCUACUACCCUCACUACACGCCGCAGGGCGUCGCUGUGCAUGGCGGAUUGCCGCAGAACUGCAGCCUGGACCUGCACCUGUUCAAGGCCUCCCAGGAUAUCAACCACUUCAUCCCUGCAGAGGACUUUCGGGGCCUGGCUGUCAUCGACUGGGAGUUUUGGCGGCCUCAGUGGAGUCGUAACUGGCACAAGAAGGACAUCUACCGACGCAAGUCGAAGGAGCUAACCGCCAAGGCGUUCAUUAAUGUGACGGAUGCACAAAUGGAGGAGUUGGCACGGCGGCAGUUUGAAAAAAGCGCCAAGGCGUUCAUGCAGAGGACUAUCCAGCUGGGAACACGCCUCCGCCCCAACGGCCACUGGGGUUUCUAUCUCUACCCUGACUGCCACAACUACAACCUCCACGAGCAGGACUACACAGGCUUGUGUCCCCUGCUGGAGAGGCUGAGGAACGACGAGCUGCUGUGGCUCUGGAACAGCAGCACGGCACUCUUUCCCUCGGUGGCGAUCAGGAGAAGUCACACCAACAGCAUCAGCAAUCUACACUUCUCUCAGCACCGGAUCAGGGAGUCGCUCCGCGUCUCCUCGCUGACCUCCAAAGAGUACGACCUCCCCACCUACGUGUACUUGAGGCUGGGCUACCGAGAUGAGGCCCUGGCCUUCCUCACCGCGAAAGACUUGAUCCACACCAUCGGGGAGAGCGCCGCUCUGGGAGCUGCAGGAUUUGUCAUCUGGGGAGACUUGAACCUGACCUCGUCCAGGCACAACUGCUCCAAGGUGAAAGCCUUCCUGAACUACCGCCUGGGUCAGUACAUCACCAAUGUGACUCGAGCCGCUGAGGUCUGUAGUGAUUACCUCUGCCAGGGGAACGGUCGCUGUGUCCGCCGGGACCCCCUCACCCCUCACUACCUCCACCUGAGCACCAAGAGCUAUCGCAUCCGUCGCUCCGGUGAUGGGGAGUUCACCGUCACCGGGUGGCACUCACAGCAUGAGCUGCAGCUGCUGACUGACAGGUUUAGGUGUCACUGCUAUGAAGGCCAUGAGGGCGAGCACUGUGACAGCAUCAACAUAGUGAAGGAGGACGACAGGCCGUGGGGAAACGACGAGGAGGAUGAGCAGGAGAGGAAGAGGACGGAGUGGGAAGACGAGCAGGGUGACGGCCCGGAGGCAGGGGAGAGUGAGGCGGCACGGAGCGGGUGCAGCCUUCACCUGAUGUUGCUGAUGCUCCUAUUGAACUUAUCGUUUGCAAAAACAUUUGUAUGAUGCACUCUGACUGAAAGAGUAGUUAUUCUUACCACAGCUGUGUACUCAAGUUUGAGGUAUGAUAUGGCACUUUACAUUAAAACAGAGAUUUGACAUGUUGACUUGAAACAUGAAGGUCCGUUUGAUUGUAAAACAGUUCACCUGGUUGAACAAUCUGUGCUUCCUUUUUUGGCCGACAACUGCAUUUGUUUUUCUUGUCAUGUUAACUGGGGACUGUAGCUGUAACUGUACGUUAGACUUUAUACCGCAUAAUGUUCAUGAAAGAGGUCUGUUUGAAAAGCUUUACUUCCAAUUUCACUGCAGUGUCCCUUUUUCUUUAACUGUUAAAAGCCUCUCAGAUGGUUUUUAUGAACACACAAAAGCCGAGACUUUCAAUGGAAAACCAAAGGGUAUUAAUACUAACCACUCAGACAUACAGUACGUAGGUAAACAAUCACUAACCUUUUAACGCUUGGUCUGUGGUGUUUUUUUAAAUCCUUUUAAAGGACAAAAGACAGAUCCUAAUUUCUUCAUUUUUUGUGUUCUACACAACUAAAAAGUUUUGAAAUAUGUCUGUUGAUUUCGUCAUCAGUGAGAUGGGUUGCAACGGCUGCGAUGUAAUGUCUUUAAGAAAACCACUUGCUCAAAAAACGUCCACUAAAAGCGUUUGUUUCUGUGACUGGCACACUGAUUGUUCUGUUAUAGAACCAGGAUCCCCUCAGAGACUGACCCUUCGUUGCGUUGAGCAGAAACUGUCUGUAUUCAAAUCUACCAGACUCCAUUGAUAAAAAAUUAAAUUUUCCUUUGCAGAAAGGGGAAGAUGAUGGUCCUUGUUGCCUUGAUCAAUUAGUUUGUUUGUUAUGUUGGGCUGAAUCUGAGCUAACCCUAGCAAGCUGCAUUCAGGUCGCAGUCUCCCCUGGAGGUGUUGGUUCGACUCCCACUUCUGACACAUUUGUUCAUUAAUGGGGGCAGCAGUAGCUCAGUGGGUAGUGACCUGGGUUGGGAACCGGAGUGUCCCAGUGUGGACCAUGUCUGGAACUUGGUCUGGUAGCUGGAAAGGUGCCAGUUCACUUCCUGAGCACUGCCAAUGUGCCCCUGAGGAAGGCAUCAAACCCCCCCACCAGCUCACAACCGCCUCCAUUGGUGAAUGUCCACAGGAUCCUAUUUGUGCAUGUGUGUGUAUAUCAGCUCGUGUGUGUAGCAUGUUCAACAACAGAGUGUAAAAUUGAAUUUCUCCUCGUGGGAUUAAUUAACGUUUAUCAUCUUCUUCUUAAAACAAAGUAACUGGUCAAGGUGGAAGACCAGCAACUCCAGUAAUGGUAACGUUUUGUGAAUGGAGUCUGCUGGUUUUGAAUAGAGGGGUUUAACAGCUGUUUCUAGUUUCUCAAAAAGGAUUUCACUCUUUUAGAAAAAUGCUCAUAUCCUUUGGGAUCCUUCCAGUUGUUUGACACUUAGAAUAAAAAACAGACUGACAGUUUCCAAAGCCCAAAUGAAGAAUGCAUGAAAACCCCCUUUUAAAGAAAUGAUUGUUAGAAAUGGCAUGACUUGUUUAUUCCUCAACAAAAGGUUGUUAUCUCAGUUGACAUCAUACAUGGGGUGUGUCUUUUUUUGUUUCUUAUACUCUGGUAGAACACCUUGUCAGGGAACACCUCGUAUAUGAGCCUGUUGUGACGUGAUGCAUACAUGUAGGUGCUUUUCACUAAGAUUUUUCAUAUAUCUGUAUCUUAACUUCUUGUUUGUUUGGUUUAUUAUAAGCCAUAAAGCUCAAAAUAUUGCUUGUUUUUGUGAUUUUGUAUAGGUUUAUGUUGCUAUAGCUCAGUUCAGAGGAUUCAGAUUAACAGACUGUGUUUAGCUUUUGAUAUAUUUUUCAUCUUAUUGUGAGCAAGUGAUGUCUCCAUCUCUGAAGCUGCUGUACAGUACAGUACUGUAGGUAUGACGAAACACUGAACAGGAUGUGAAAAGAUGGCACAUACUAUCAGUACACAUGACUCAGCGGCUCUUUGUGGUUUUAGAGGUCUUCAACGCCUUCUUCUUGCCAAAGUCAGGUAUCAGUUCAAACCAAAGAUGAGUUGUAAAGCGUUGAGUUAAGUGUUAAGCGAAUGUAUCCUGUAAAAAUGAUGGGAAGUUAGUAGCUGACUGAUGCAGGGUUGGGGGUCUUUGAAGCUGUGUUUAGACCAAAAGCAAAGCUAAUGUUUCAUGCUGAACAGUCGAUGCAGACUUGCAAAAAUACAUUGCUUGUGCAUUGUGUUGCAAAAUCUUUGAGACUCUCCUGAUGUACCGUUGUUGCGUCAAAGAGGAUCCAUUCAAAAUGCAUCAAAAACAU